GGAACGCCAAACCCCGGACCCGAACGCAAAACCCCGAACCCAAGCCCCAAACGCCGAACCCCAAACACCGAACCCGGACCGGGAACCCCGAACCCGAACCCAAACCCCGAACCGAGCCCGAAACCCCAAACCCAAACCCCGACCCGCAAGCCCCGAACCGCAAAGCCGGAAACACGGAGCCCAAACCCGAAGCCAGAACGCCGAACCCGAACCAGCAAAACGCGAAACGGCACCGCACACCCCCAACCCCAAACCAGGAACCCAAGCCCCGGAACCCCAAACCCCAAACCGCAAAGCGCGACCCCCGAACCACAAACCGCACAGACGCAACCCCGAAGCGGAACCGCAAACCCGAAGCCCCAAACCCCAAACCCAAAGCCGAAACCCCGAAGCCCGAACCCAAACCGCCAAACCCGAAGAAGGGAGGGGAGGCCCGGAACCCGAACGCGGAACCGGAACCCGAACAAGGGGAGGGGAGGCCGGCACCCGAACCCGAACCCGAACCCGAACAAGAAAACGCGAAAAGAAAAAGAAACGGGCGGGCCGAAGCCCCGCCCCGGGCGGGCCCCCAGCCGCGCAAAGCAAAAAAGGCAAGCCCGGACGGGAACGGCGGACCCACAAAGCCAGAGGGCAGGGGGACGCGGCCGGCAGCCGAACCGCGAGGCGAACAAAGCCCCCCGGGGGGCAGGCGGCGCCCAGGCACGCGGCAAGCCGCGGCCCGCCAGGGCAGGCGAAGAAAGAACGAGGGGCCCCAGGAGCGCGCACGGGAAGCCCGAACCGGAACCGGAACCCGGACCCGGACCGGAACCCGAACCCAAACCCGAACGCGAAGAAGAGGGGGGGGCCCCGAAGGCGAACCCGAACCCCGAAACCCGAACCCGAGCGAGGGGGGGGGGGCCCGAACCCGAACCCGAAGCGGCACAAGAAACCGCGAAAAGCAAAAGAAACGGGGCGGGCGAAGCCCCGCCGCGGGGGGGCCCCCGCCCCCGAAAAGGGAAAGAGGGAAACCCGGGACGGAACGCCGGACCGACAGACCCGAGGCGGCCGGACGGACCAGCCGGCCGAACCGCGAGGCGACAGAGGCGGGCGGGGGCAGGCAGCGCGCCCGGGCCCGCGGCAAGCCGCGGCGCGCCAGGGGCGGGCGCGAGAGAAGAGCAGGGCGGGCCGAGGGCAGCGGGGCGGCGGAGCCCGAAAGCAGAGACAGAGGAGCGGAGAAAAAGCGGGGGGGGCGCGGGGGGGGGAGCGGCGGGGCCGGGGGGGGCCCCGGGAGGCAGGCGCGGGCCCGCGGGCCGGGCCGGGCAGGGGGCGGGGGGGCGGGGCGCACCGGGCGCGCCGCGGGGCGGGGCGAGCCGGGGCGGCGGGGCAGGGGCGCGGCGCACGGGAGCGGGGCGGGGGCGGGGGAACAGGGCGGCGCCGCGGGGCCAGGGGGCCCCAGGGGGCGCGCAGGGCGCGCCAGGGCAGCGGGGACGGCGCGGGCGGGGGCGCCGGGGCCCCGGCGAGGGGCAGCCAGCGAGCCAGAGCGCAGGGCGGGGGACCACAGGGAAGGGAACGCGGACGCGGCGGAGCAGGGAACCAGGGCGGCGGCCCGGGGGGGGCAGGCGCGGAGCCGACGGAAAGGGCGAGCGCAGAAAAGCCGCGCCGGGGGGGCCGAGGGGGGACCGCGGCACCCCGGGGCAGACAGCGCAGACCCGCGCGCGGGCCCAAGCAGCCGAGGGGAGGGCGGCCGACAGGCCGGGAGAGGAGAACAGGCAGGAAGGCCAGGGGGCGCCAGACAGAGAAAAGAAACGGCAAGGGGCAGACGGGGGGGCGCGCGCGGAAGAGGCAGGAGGAGACCAAAGAGGGCGGCGGGGGGGGGGCGCCAGCGGGAGACAAAGGGAAAAGAAGGGGGCGCGGAAAAGGCGGGGGGCCAGGACAACGCCGGGCGCCACCGGAAGGGAACGGGGCGCAAACCGGGAACGAAGCAAGGCAGGGGCGGAGGGAAAGUAGGAGGGGGGCGGAAGAGAAGGAGGAAGGGAGCCCCCGAGGGGCCGCAGAUACGACGCGACAAACCGGGGGUACGCAGACGUGGGGCGCGGAACGGCUCGGACGGGGAAGGAGAAACAGGAGAGAGGGCGGGGAAAGCGGCCGGGCGGCCAAGAGGCAGGGCCAGCUGGGCGGGCCGGCGAGGACUCAGCGGCGGCAAGGGGAGUCGCCAAGGCAGGGGGGGGAGGGCGCGGGGGCCAGGCGCGGAAGACAGGGGCGGGCGGCCGGAGCAGACGGCGAGGGCGGAGAACGCGGGCGAAAGACGAGCAGGGGGGACGCGGGCGGCCCCCGGGGAGGUCGACGCAGCAGCGCGCGCGGCGCUGGUUCGACGGGAAGCAAACGGGGGCACAGAAAACCGCGGAUGCCAGCAAUGCGGCAGGCACGGGCCCGGGAGGGAGAGCGCCGCGGGAGGCAAGAAGGGGUGCGGCGGGGGGGACAGCCACCGGGGCCGCGGGGAGGCAGAGAAGCGGCAGGGCAGAGGUCGCAGAGGCAGGCCACUGGAAAGGGGACAGACGGAGGGCCCGAGCACGCGCUCCCCAAGCAGAAGACAGGGGCAGCGGGGCUGGGGCGGCACGAGCCGGCCCGGGGCGGCGGGCCCGCCCACAGCCGCCAACGCAGGGGGAAGCAGCCCGGCCGAGGAGGGCAAGACCGGCGGGAGCGAGCCGGCGCAGCCGCGCCGGAAAAGAGGGCGACGGGAGCCAGCACCAGACAGGCGCCGCCACCCCGAGCCGCCGCGGGAGAAGAGGAGCGGAGGCCAGCGAGCCAGGCGAAGAGGAGAAAGCCCGGCGGGCCACGGAGCCAGAGAGGGGGCUCCAGGGGACGCAGAGCGCGAGCGCGGCCGCAGAGCCCCCAGGCGGGCAGAGGGCGGCAAGCGCCGCGAGGGCGGCGGGCGCAGCGGAUGGGCGCGCCGAGGCCCAGACGGCGGGCGGGAGCGCCGCCCCGCCCCAGCAAGGAGCGGCGGCGAGCCGGAACGAGACGCACGGGGCCAGGCCCGGGACCACGCAGCGCAACAAGCCGGCCGGGCCGGGGCCCACAGAGGGGCCGGCAGGGGAGGGGCGGAGCAGGGCGAGGGGGGGCGGGGGGGGCAGCACGGCCAAGGCAGCGGGCAGCAGGCGCGAGAAGGCGAGGGGGCCAAGGGAAAGAGCGCGGCACAGAGGGAAGGGCGAAAGCUGGCAACGGGCAGGGCGCGGGCAGCGGGGGGCAGGCCGCCGAGAAGCAGCGAACGCGCAGCCGAGAGCACCAGCGCCCAGGGCCCCGGGCGGGCUG